GAGCCAGGGGUCCUUCAGGUAGGAGGUACUGGGUGACUUUGGAUGCCCGCAGAUACAGGCUGCGUUGAGUGCUAGGUUCCGUGUUUGCCAAGUUUGUUCUCUCUUUCCGCACCUGAGGCGUCUACCGCAAACAUGCUCCGCCAGAUCAUCAGUCAAGCCAAGAAGCACCCGAGCUUGAUACCUCUUUUCAUAUUUAUUGGAGCUGGAGGUUCUGGAGCAGCACUGUAUGUCUUGCGUCUGGCAGUGUUUAAUCCAGAUGUCAGUUGGGACAAAAAGAAUAACCCAGAACCAUGGAAUAAACUGGGUCCCAAUGAUCAAUAUAAGUUCUACUCAGUGAAUGUGGAUUACAGCAAACUGAAGAAAGAAGGCCCUGACUUCUAAAUGAAAUGUUUUCCUAUAAAGCUGCUUAGAAUGAAGGUCUUCCAGAAGCCAUCCGCACAAUUUCCCACUUAACCAGGAUGUAUUUCUUCCCUAAGCGCACGAAAUCAUGUUGGUGUAUCAUGUUGGGGUUUACACUUAAUAAUAAAUAUCUGAAUCUUGA